AUGCGGGGCUGGGCGUGGCUGACCGUGCCGCCAGCGGACGCCGCGCGAUCCAUAGAGCCCGCUCUGUUCAAAAUGGCUCUGGGGCGCAGACUGCGGAUCCGUGUGCAGGAUGCCGACAUGUUCUGCCCCAUGUGCGGCGGUACCAUGGACAGCUUCGGCGACCAUACCCUCGUGUGCCCAUGCAGCGGUGACCGCACGGUCCGCCACAAUCGCUUGCGGGACUCGGUGUUCGAAGACGCAUUGAGGGGUCACAUGGGCCCAGAGAGGGAAAAACCCGGUCUGCUCCCAGAGCGCCCGCGGGACGACGGCACGCCUCCCAGCAGUGGCGGCGGGGACGCCCCGGGCGUCGCAAGGUCCCGGAGACGCCCUGCCGGUGCCUUCUUCCUUCGAGCUCUGGGCGGGACACCUGCUGCCCUGGACUUCGCUUGCACGUCGGGUCUGCGCGCAGAUGUGCUACGAGACGCUGCGACGAACCCAGAGUCUGUCCUGAGCGCAUACGAGGACUUCAAGAGGUCUUUAAGGCGCCUGGAGAGACCGCCGCCAGACCUUGGACACGAUUGCCAAGCACGUGAGCGCCUGCUGGCGCGGGGAGCAGCCGCGCGGGCGUUCGAGGACAGGAGCUCGCGGGGCAGCCCGCGCGAAGGGGCGACGGCAGAGGGGGCUGCGUUCGUGCAAGUGCUCACCUUGACGUCGGCCCAGAUGAUGCGCUUCGCGUCGGACAGCCCGUGGGGCUUCUACCUGUUCAACGCGCUGAUCGAGGUGCUCUUCGCGAACGAGUUCGAAGGCGGCCUGAUGCGACUCAGGGUGAAUGAGGGCUGCGGCGAAGCCAGGAAGCUGAACAAGUGUAAUAUUCAUGCGGCGUUCAACAGUUUGCGCCUCGCGCCGUGGAUGGAGUGCUGGGGCGGGCAGGUCAACGUGAUCCAGGAUGGCGACCCGCAUGGCGGUGCUGCGCGCGCCACGGCGGAGCAGAUCUUCGGAGCCCCGCCCCCGUCCGCGCUUGAGAGGCCGCUGCGAGCGGGGCUCCGGGCGCGGCAGGCUGCAGCAGGCGUCGGUGGGCCAUCGUCGCCCGUGGCCGUGGUCGCCGAUGGCUCCGCGGGCAGCAGCGGCGGCAGCAGCCCGCUGCAGACCGGGAUGAACAUGCUGAAGAACGUGGCCGGGUCGGGCUCCGUGGCGCUGCCGGCGGGAGUCGCGGCGCUGUCGACGCAGCCCUCCGCCGUGGUGCCCGCGACGGCUCUGCUGCUGGCGGUCGGCGCCGCGUCGGCCUUCGGCUUCGCGCUCCUGGGGCGGGCGUGCGCGGAGACGGGAGCGGACAGCUACAAGUCCGCGUGGGCCCUGUCGGUUGGGCGCUGGAAGUGGUUCCCGCGGGUCUUGUGCGCAGUGCAGACGCUAAUAGAGCUGGUGUUCUUCGCGAUCGUCAUCACGAACUGCACCGUCAUGAGCCUGGAGGCGGUUCGCCUGCUGCCGGCGGUCCCGCACGUGCGAAUGUGGAUCGCCUGGGCGCUGUCCGCUUUCGUCUUCCUCCCGCUGUGCUGCAUCCGCGACCUGAGCGGGCUUUCCAGGUUCUCGCUGGCUGGCAUCAUGGCCCUCGUCGGCGUCCUCGGCGCCGUGACGCUGCGGGCGCUGGAUGGCACGUACGCGCCCGGAGGCCGGCUCUUCCUGGCCGCGCCGGUCCGGCCCUUCUUCGCCGCUGGCGCGGGCAGCCCCGGGGCGAUGCUGGCCAAGUGCGUGGAGCCCUGCUCGGUGACCCUGCUGGCCGUUCUGACCAUGUCAUUCAUGGCGCACUACAACGCGCCCGCACUCUUCGCCGGCAUGCGGUCCCGGGAGAGUCCCGCGGGGUCUGCAGGCGCCGCCCAGCAGAAGCUACGCACCUUCUACGCCGUGGUCGCGGGCGCGUUCGCGGCGUCGGCCGUGCUGUACUCAGUUCUGAUGUGGGGCGGGUUCUUGACCUUCGGCGGCGCUGUGGCCGGGAGCGUGUUGGACAGCUACGCGCCAAUCGACCCAGCGGCCACGUGCGUGCGCGUCCUCUUCGCGCUGUCGCUGAUGCCGACCUUCGCCCUCAGCUUUGCCGGGUUCGCCAGCGCCGCUGGGGGCCCGCUGGCCGCCGCCUCCCGCCCGCGCCGCUUGGCCGCCACCGCGGCGGUCGUGGCCGCCGUCGCGGCGGUGACGUCCUGCGUGAGCGACGUGGGCCGCGUGGGCGUGCUGGGCGGCGCGCUUUGCGGCAGCUUCAUCUCCUUCGUCGUGCCGGCCGCCAUGGACUUCGCGCUAGGCCGCGGCGCGGCGCCGUCGCGGCUGGGGCGGGCGCGGCGGGUCUGCGCCGGGCUGCUGGUGCCGUUCGGCCUGUGCUCGUGCGUUCUGGGCGUGGCGACGGGGCUGCGGUGAGGGGCGCGGGGGUCCGCGGCGGGCGGGCGGGCAUGCCCCCCAGACCCCCUCGCGUCGUGAAAAAUGCACGACGGACGACCUCUGGGGGUCGUCAUGAAAAAAAUCAUGACGUCGGGGGUCUGGGCCUCGCCCGCGGGCCAGCCCCCCGGGGCGCAUGGCGAGACGGAUCGGGG